AUGGCCCUCAUGGGCCUUAGCGAGGCCUCCCGUGCCCAGAUGCGCAAGAUGCUGCAGACCAAGGAGUCAAACUACAUGCGUAUGCAGAGGGCUCGCAUGGAUGAGAGCAUGUUUAUACGCAUCAAACGCCUCGAGAAUCGUCAACUCUACGCCAUGAAGAUCCUUAAGAAACAGGACGUGGUCCGACGACGGCAGCUUGCUCACGUCCAAGCCGAACGUGAUAUUCUAGCUGAGGCGGACAGUGAAUGGGUGGUCAAACUCUUUUUCUCCUUCCAGGACUCCCACGCCCUCUACCUG